AUGGCCACCCUUUUCAUUGCUGCCAAGGAGGUAAUCAAAGGUGAUCCUUGGUUUGACGAUGGGAAUAUCAUCCUUGUCACAGAAGAAAAUCCUACCGCGUUCCGAUUGCACCGCGGUGUUCUUUCAAGACAUUCCGAGAUCUUUAGGGACAUGUUUGGGAUACCCCAAGGGCCACAAACACAUCUUGAAGAGGAAACAUUCCAAGGCUGUCAGGUCAUUUACAUGUACGAUAUCCCGGCCGAAUUAUCCACUUUUAUCAAUGCUCUCUACGAUGGCCCAAAUUUUGAUACCCUUGAUUUUUUCUAUACCGCUGGAAUAUUACGCUUGGCGACUAAAUACUUUGUUGGUCGCCUUCGCCUACAAGCGAUUCAACACCUAGCUCAAACGUGGAGCUAUACCCUGAAAGGACACGACGAGAUGGUGCAUACCGCCUUAGUCUCUCCAUUAAUCAACGACUUCACCUACCCAUAUGUUCACCCCCUUCAUGUCCUGAAUCUUGCAAGAGAAGUCAAUGCUGGCAUCUUGAUCCCCUCUGCAUUAUACUUCCUCUCCCUGUAUCCCCUCGCUGAUAUCCUGGCAGGCAACCACCCUAAACUACUUACGAAUCGCCCCUCAAAGCCUUCAUCGGUGUUGAGUCUUGACGACAUCCCUCUGUACACUCUGAUGUUUCAAUAUCGGAUUCAGGUUAUCCUGGACUUCGUUCGCCGAUUUUGUGGCGACAAGGUUACCUCUCCCAAGUGCGGCAAUGUAUCUUCGUGUGGGCCCCGCUUUUCUCGGCUGGUCUCUCAGUUGAAUAGAUCGUGGUCAAUGCGGACAGGCCCUUUGCACUAUAUGCUGCAAGCAAUCCAACAAGUGUCUCACGACUUCACUAUUUGCGAUACCUGUCGAAAAGAAUUCUCAGAGGACGCGUCUGUGUUGCGAGAGGAAGUUUGGUGUAAACUACCGACAAUUAUCUCUUCACCGGAUUGGGCUGCGAUGGAGAUUGAGCUAUCUUCUAAUUGA